AUGAAGGGCAUUGCCAAGGCAAUGAAGCGGACGCCGCAUCUCAUGACGUCUCGCAUUGGCAAGGCGGCCAAAACCACCGAUCCAGCCUUCGACUCGCUCAAUCAACGUUUCACCAACCUCGAGAAGCUCUCGGAUAAACUUCUCAAGGACGCCUCUACGUUUCGUGAUACUGUCAAGAACAUGCUCCUAUCUGGCGCUAAUUUUGGUCGUCACUUUGACACGCUCUUCCAACCGAUCGGCUCGGAAUACGAUCUAGAACGUAAACAUCCAAAUGCGCAAACGACCAUGAUCAACCUGUCACACUACGGUCAACUGAUGGAAGAGCUCAAAGAAUCUCUCACUCCCGAAAUCGAGUUGAUCGAGAGUCGAGUCGUUUCACCCACAAAGGAUUUCCAGACGAUCAUCAAGGCGAUCCGUAAAAACAUCACCAAACGCGACCAUAAACUCAUCGAUUUCGACCGUCACAACAAUACCUACUCCAAGCUGCGCGACAAGCAGGAAAAAUCGUUGAAAGAAGAACAGAGCUUGUUCAAGGCCGAGCAGGAAUUUGAGACUGCUGCUGCCGAUUACGAGUAUUACAACAGUGCGCUCAAGGAGGAGUUGCCAAGAUUCUUUGAACUGGCGAGUGCUUUUAUGACGCCUCUCUUCCACAGCUUCUACUACAUGCAGCUGAACGUGUUCUACUUGACGAUGGAGAGGCUGCAGAGUUUUGCGGAGGGGAAAUUCGAUUUGAGCAACAACUCGAUCGCUGUUGUUGAGGAUGCUUACAUGGCGCAAUUGACUGACGCUGCUGAGCGACUAGAUGCUCUGAGCAUCCGAAGGGGCGCCAUGCCGAGCGCAAAGAUUCUAGCACAGAACAGACCGUCUUCAGGAGGGCUCAGUCCUUCGGGAUCGCGCAUCAGUGGUGGGUUAGCUGCAGGUGCACCGAGUCGAUCAGGUUCAAUUCUCGGCACGUCCGGCGCUUCAGGACUGCACACUGCUCCGCCAGCAUAUUCCCCCACCUCGGCAGCUGGCGCAAGUACCAGUCUAGCUGGCAAACGUGCUCCACCACCUCCCCCAACCAAGCCAAAACCCGGCGCACCACUCGCGAAGAGCUACGUUGUCGCUCUAUAUGACUACACUGCUACAGCAGACGGCGAUCUCACAUUCAAGGCGGGCGAUAGAAUCGAAGUGACGGAGAGAAGUGCUUCUACGGACGAUUGGUGGACAGGUAUCAUCAACGGUCAAAAGGGUGUCUUCCCUGGAAACUACGUCAGGGACGAGUAG